AGCAGCUGCAGUCCGAGCGGCAUCCCGGAGCGCUACGGUCCGGAUUCUAAGCCAUUUAAUCCAUCCGUUCCAGCGAAAAGCCAAAGUCCAGAGCCGCAGUUUGCAGGUUUCAAAUUUCCCAGGCUGAAUUAGGGAAAUGGCCCGUCCUGAUAUGCAGUUACCCCAGCCACAUACAUGCGAUUCAGCAUCCAGCACACGAGAUUUCACCCAAGCAGUCCGACACCCCGUUUGGGAAACUGGAUCCGUCGCUCCGGCAAACCUGGACCAUUUUUGCACCGACUAAAUGGGUAUUUCCUACUGAACUGACGUGUGAUCUUACAUCACUGGCUUUGGGAUGAAUCAUCGCUAGAAACAAGGAUGCUGCUGGAAUAGAAGCGUAAUCGCAGUUGGUUCAAAUCAGGCUUCGUAUAUUAAUUUUCACCAUGGAAGAAAUACUCCGAAAGCUUCAAAAAGAUGCGUCCGGGAAUAAGCACAAAGCGAUAAGAGAUGCCUGCACUUUAGCUUGUGAAUCCCUUGAUGCUCAGAAUGGAUCUGUCAAAAUUCUGCCGUCUCAGCUCAGGGAGAGAUGCCUGCUCCCUCUCCGACUCGCCCUGGAGUCCAAGAACACCAAGUUGGCGCAGACGGCCCUCGCUGGGAUGCAGAAGAUACUCUGUGAAGAUCGCUUUAUCGCAGUUGAUCCCGAGGCGCCGGAGAAGCAGCUGCUGAGCCAGAUUCUGGAGGCCGUGCGGGUGACACCGAUGCUCCACGAAGACCUGCAGGUGGAGGUGAUGAAGGUCCUGCUCUGCAUCACCUACUCGUCCACCUUCGAGAUCAAUGGAGACGCCAUCCUGAGGAUUGCAGAGGUCUGCAUUGAGACCUACAUGUCCAGCUUUCACCAGCGCAGCAUCAACACAGCUGUGCGUGCCACGCUCAGCCAGAUGCUGGGCGAUCUCACACUACAGCUACGCCAUCGGCAGGAGAACACGACAGCAGAUGCAGACGAGUGGGUGUUGCCAACAAUGCAGCGCAAAGAUGCCUCCCCGACGACCGAGAGUCUGUACGAGGAUGUCGUCACCGUGCUGACUGUCUUCUGCAAAAAGCUGGAACGAGUCACAAGUGACAACCAGCUGCUGCAGCUGCUCUACCUGGAGUGCAUCCUCUCCAUGCUCAGCAGCUGCCCUGCCACCAUGCAUCUGCACCGUGGUUUCACAGACCUUAUAUGGAAACAACUGUGUCCGUCACUGGUGUCCAUCAUGGGGAACCCCAUGAACGACAAGACGAUCACGUCAGCCCACGGUGGAGUUCUCCAAGAGACAGACCCCCCCUCUGCGGGCGUGUCAGACCACGGCCGGGGCUCGGGCUGCUCCUCCAGUGCUCCUGCGCUCAUCGGCCCCGUGGCCAGGACUGUCUGCUACGUGGCCGCUGAGCUGGUGCGCUUGGUGGGCUGUGUGGAGUCCAUGAAGCCUGUUCUGCAGUCUCUGUACCACCGCAUCCUCCUGUACCCACCCCCUCAGCACCGCGUGGAGGCCAUCAAGAUCAUGAAAGAGAUCCUCGGCAGCCCUCAGCGUCUGUUUGAUCUGGCGGGACCUUGCAUCACCGAGCCCGAGUCCAGAAAGAGGUCGUUUUCCAAAAGGAAGUCCCACCUGGAUCUGCUCAAACUGGUGAUGGACGGCAUGACCGAGGCCUGCAUGAAGGGUGGGAUUGAGGCCUGCUUCGCCGCAGUGUCGUGUGUCGGCGCCCUGCUAGGGGCUCUGGAUGGUCUGAGCCAGGGUCGGGGGCUGAAGCCAGAGCAGGUGCGGCUGCUGACGCGGCGGCUGGACGAGCUGCGGGACGGGACCGAGUCCUCCCGCGAGUCUAUGGAGGUCAAUGAGGCGGACUUCCGCUGGCAGCGACGCGUCCUGUCUUCUGAGAACGCGCCCUGGGAGCCCAGCGCCACUGAGCGUAGCCCCGACAUCAGCAUCAGUGUCACCACGGAGACGGGCCAGACCACUCUGGAGGGGGAGUUCGGCCGGACGACCCCGGAGGAAUGCGGGGAGGAGCCCCGGCUGCAGUCUCCUUGCGUCCUGAACAGCGGUGGAGACGCGCCUCCGGGCGGCCGGGAGCCCCCGGCUUUGGCAGACGCCGGCAGCCAGCCUGACGUGGUGCAGAGAAGCCACACCCUGGUCUACCCAGACAUCACCAACUUCUUAUCUGUGGAGUCGCAGGCACGGUCGCAUGGCUCACGCUACAGCGAGAGCAACUUCAGCGUAGACGAGCAGGACCUCUCGCGCACGGAGUUCGACUCCUGCGACCAGUACUCCAUGGCUGCCGAGAAGGACUCCGGGCGGUCCGACGCCUCUGACAUCGGCUCGGAUAACUGCUCGCUGGCCGACGAGGAGCAGACUCCGCGUGACUGCCCAGGGCAUCGCUCGCUGCGCACGGCUGCGCUCUCCCUCAAACUGCUCCGCAACCAGGAGGCUGACCAGCAGAGCGCGCGGCUCUUCGUCCAGUCUCUGGCCAGCUUGCUGCCGCGGCUGCUCGGCCUCCAUAACGCCACAGACGUGGACGUCUCCCUCCAGAAUUUCUCCUCCACUUUCUGCUCCAGCUUGCAGGCGGGUGGCAUCCACUCGCCCGGGUUCGAGGGGAGCGAGAACCUGAGCUGCCAGGCCCUGAUGAACGCCGACGGCCUCUACCUGGUGUCCUACUAUGCUCUGCUGCUCAAUCUGAAGCUCUGCUGCUGUGAUUAUUACCGCAGGAAGCCGGCGCCGGUGCUGGUUAGCCUGAAAGAGUUUGUGCGUCACAUCCAGAGCAGCGGCGUCCUGGUGGUCCUGUCCCAGGCCUGGAUCGAGGAGCUGUACCACCAGGUGCUGGAGAGGAACCUCCUGGGGGAAGCAGGCUACUGGGGCUCCGCCGAGGACCACUCCCUGCCCCUGAUCACCAUGCUGACAGACAUCGACGGACUGGGCAGCAGCGCCAUUGGGGGUCAGCUGGUGCGCAGGGUCUCCAUGCAGUCCCCCUUCAGCUGCGACACGGGCACCAAUGACACCGUCAUGGCAGGUAUGGUGUUUGCACGCUACAUCCUGACCGGUUGCUGGAAAAACCUGAUCGACACGCUGUCCACGCCGCUCACCGGCCGUAUGGCGGGCAGCUCCAAAGGCCUCGUGUUCAUCUUGGGAGCUGAAGGGGUGAAGGAGCAGAACCAGAGGGAGCGGGAUGCCAUCUGCAUGAGCCUGGACGGCCUCCGCAAGGCGGCCGGACUCAGCUGUGCCCUCGGUGUGGCAGCCAACUGCGCCUCCGCUCUGGCCCAGAUGGCCGCCGCCUCCUGUGUGCAGGAGGAGAAGGAAGAGAGGGAGAUGGCAGAGUCUGGGGACACCAUUGCACAAGUAAAGCAGCGGGUGGAGCUGCGUCUGGAGCAGAUGGGGCGCCCCCUAGGGGUGCGGCUGCACACGGCACACGUGCUCUGCAUGGACGCCAUCCUCAACGUGGGGCUGGAGAUGGGCAGCCACAACCUGGACUGCUGGCCACACGUCUUCAGGGUGACCGAGUACGUCAGCUCUCUGGAGCACAGCCACUUCAGUGACGGAAGCAGCCAGCCCCCGCUGACCAUCACGCAGGCCCAGCAGGCCGCUGACCCCAGCCUGGAGCUCAAUGCCGAACACAGCCCCGACCGUGAGCUACCGCUGGGCCACCCGGUUAUCCAGCCCCUCUCCAUCCAGGAGCUGCUGAAGGAUAGUGGGCGGGGCAAGGGCCUCGAUCUGCGGGGGGGGAGCCUGCUGAGCGGGACGGGGGCCACCAAGGCCGUGUGCACUCUCUCCACCCAGGCCGACAGGCUCUUCGAGGACGCAGCUAGCAAGCUGAACCUGGUCGGCCUUGUGGGUUUUCUGCACCAGCUGCGCCGAGCCUCCCAGUCCCAGCUCUUCGACUCUGUCACCGAGACGGGGGACUAUUCCUUGGCCAUGCCAGGUGAAGCCAAGUCGACCCAGGAUAAGUGCAGUGCCCUGCAUCUCUUCCGGCUGGGGGAGGCCAUGUUGCGUAUCGUGAGGAACAAGACACGCCCCCUGCUGCACAUGAUGCGGGCCUGGAGCGUAGCAGCGCCCCACCUGGUGGAGGCUGCCUGCCACAAGGAGCGACACGUGUCCCAGAAAGCCGUGUCCUUCAUCCACGACGUUCUGACGGAGGUGCUCACCAGCUGGGCGGAGCUGCCUCACUUCCACUUCAACGAGGCGCUGUUCCGGCCCUUCGAACACAUCAUGCAGCUGGAGCUGUGUGACGAGGACGUGCAGGACCAGGUAAUCACCUCCAUAGGCGAGCUGGUAGAGAUGUGCUCUCCUCAGAUCCAGUCUGGCUGGAGACCCCUCUUCAGUGCCCUGAGGACUGUGCAUGGCAGCAAGACCGACAUGAAGGAGUACCUGAUCGGGGAGUACUCCAUGGGGAAAUCCCAAGCACCUGUGUUUGACGUCUUUGAGGCGUUUAUCAACACGGACAACAUUCAGGUGUUUGCUAAUGCAGCCACUGACUACAUCAUGUGCCUUAUGAAAUUUGUAAAGGGUUUAGGAGAAGUGGACUACAGAGAGAUUGGGGACUGUGUCCACAACACUGAGUACAGCUCCACAGAUCUGUGCCUUCCUGCUCUGGACUAUCUGAGGAGGUGUUCACAGCUGCUUGCCAAGAUCUACAAGAUGCCAUCCAAGCCAGUGUUUUUGGGUGCUCGGCUAGCCAGUCUGCCCAUGCGGGCGCAGGAGAGGUCGGUGAGCAGCGAGGACGGCAUGGACUCCGUCCUGGCAGAGUGCGACGAUGACACGGGCCUGAUCCAGGUGUGGAUUCUCCUCCUGGAGCAGCUGACGGCGGCCGUGUCCAACUGUCCUCGGCAACACCAGCCACCCACCCUGGAGCUGCUGUUCGAGCUCCUCAGGGAGAUCACCAAGGUCCCAGGGCCAGGCUUCGCCAUAUUCUCCGUGAUCCAGCUACUCCUCCCUGUGAUGUCUGUGUGGCUGCAGCGUAGCCUUGGUGACCACUCCUACUGGGACAUCGCCGCGGCCCAUUUCAAGCACGCCAUCGGCCUGUUGUGUGAACUCGUCGUGGAGCACAUCCACAGCUUCAUCCACUCGGAUAUUGGAUAUGAGAGCCUGAUCAACCUGAUGCUGAAGGACCUGUUCAAUCUGCUGGUGGCCUGUGUAGCGGAGCCAGCGGAGACCAUCUCCAGAGUGGGCUGCUCUUGCAUCAGGUAUGUUCUGGUGACGGCUGGCCCGGUCUUCACGGACGAGAUGUGGAGGCUCGCGUGCUGCGCCCUGCAGGACGCCUUUUCUGCCACCCUGGAACCCGUCAAGAACCUGCUGGCCUGUUUCCACAGUGGCUCCGACAGCUUCACGGGUGACGCCUGUGAGGUUAAGGUGGCCGCUCCCUCCCACUCGCCGUCCGCGGAGGCGGAGUACUGGAGGAUCCGUGCCAUGGCUCAGCAGGUGUUCAUGCUGGAUACCCAGUGCUCUCCCAAGACCCCUAACAACAAGGAAGGCUUUGAGCACGCUCAGUCGUGUGUGCUAAUCAUCGAGCUGCCCCCUGACCAGCAGUCCAAUGGACAUACUGCAAAGAGGAAAGUGGGGAUACCUUUCAGGACCAUUGUGGUGAGCCUCCUGUCACACCAGGUGCUGCUCCAGAAUCUCUAUGAUAUCCUGCUGGAGGAGUUUGUGAAGAACUCUGGCCAGACGGAGGUGCCGGAGAAGGCCACGCCCGUGUCAGAACCCAAACCGACGGGCUUCCUGCGCUACAUUUCCAUGCAGAACCUGGCUAUCAUUUUCGACCUGCUUCUGGACUCCUACCGCACCGCCCGUGAUUUUGACACUCGGCCCGGAUUGAAGUACCUCCUGAUGAAGGUGUCUGGAGUGGGUAGCGCUGCCAAUCUGUACCGCCAGUCAGCCAUGAGCUUCAACAUCUACUUCCAGGCCCUUUUGUGUGCCACGCUGACCACCCAAGAGAACAUCACAGCUGAGCAGGUCAAGAAGAUCCUGUAUGAGGAUGAGGAGGGAAGCUCGGACUCCUCCCAGCAAUGCUCGUCUGAAGAUGAGGACAUCUUUGAGGAGACGGCACAGGUGAGCCCCCCACGGGGCAAGGAGAAACGCCAGUGGAGGGCCAAGAUCCCCUCCCUCAGCAUCCAGCCAGCCAGCAGCGUGGAUUGGGUUUGGCUGGUCAAGCGGCUGCACAAACUCUGCAUGGACCUGUGCAACAACUACAUUCAGAUGCACCUGGACCUGGAGAGUACCAUGGAGGAGCCCCCCAUCCUUCGGGGAGAUCCCCUCUUUUUCCUCCCAGUCUUUCCCUCAGAAACCUCCACACCUUCUCCUGGAGGAUUGUCGGUACGGGGCACGCCAUCUGAGGAUGGCUUCCGCUGCCACCCAGCCGAGACGCCAUCAGAGGAUGCCCACAGCCCGGGGGUGGGCACCAGCGUCCCGCUGAGGGGCGAGAGGCGGGACAUGCCCCGGAAGAAAGAGUGGUGGGAGAGUGCAGGGAACAAGCUGUACACUAUCGCCACCGAUAAGACGAUCACAAAGCUGAUGGUCGAGUACAAGAGGAGGAAGCAGCAGCACAACCUCACCACCUUCGUGAAGGAGGCCAAGCCCGGCGAGAAGAGGGUGGAUUCUGUGACGCUCAGGGGGCCCGACUCGCCCAUUCCGCGGAGGCCCCAGCAGCUGCUGGACCAAGGAACUAUGCGCCAUUCCUUCAGCGCCGGCCCUGAGGUUCUCCGUCAGGAGAAAAGGUCCCGAUCUGGGUCUACUGCCAGCUCACAGAACGUUUCGCUUAGGGACUCUGAGGCACAGAUUCAGGCCUGGACCAACAUGGUCCUGAUUAUCCUCAACCAGAUCCAGCUUCUCCCAGAUCCCACCUUCGUCGCCCUGCAGCCGGCAGUGUUUCCCUGCAUCAGUCAGCUGACGUGUCACGUGACGGACGUCCGUGUGCGGCAGGCGGUGAGGGAGUGGCUGGGGCGUGUCGGCAGAGUGUAUGACGUCAUUGUUUAGGGGGCUGUGACCUCACAGGUGAGGCUGAGGAGAGAUUGGAACCCAGGCUGGUAUGACUGCCUUCAUCUGUUUGCUUUACCACUAAUACAUAGUUUAAGAAAGUUCCAGGCAAUUUCUGGAAGAUCAUGUUAUUAUUUUACUACUUAUAUAAAACAUCCAUGGAUUGAAGUCUGAUGUAUUUGUAGUUGUAUCUAAUCCUGAAUGUGAUCUAUUUAAGAUUUAUGCAUUUAUGUUUAUUCAACCUAUAUGGAAUAUAUAUUUUUGAAUUUAUGCUCCAUGUCAAAUGUAAUAUUUUCUGCCAAUAUGAAAACCACGCACUAAGCAGAUACACAAACUAAAGAAACGACAGCGAUCGACUGUUGGAACAGGGGAAACAACGUCAUUUUAAAAUCAGCACACAAUGAUUUGCAUACAGUAUGGCUCAAAGCUCAAUCUAACCACCAAGUUACCCGGCAGCUUGGAAAAAGCCGCUUCUGACGGAAUCUUGCUCUGCUGGUCACAUGUUCACACCGUUAUGGUGAGAAACAGGCCGGAAACUGAUGAGGUGAAAGAAACGAGAGCCUUUUAACGGCUUAGAUUGUUUUUUUUUUGCCUUAAUGCCAAUUAACUUGUCUAGCGUCAAAAGACAGGCAUCAUUACCGUCUGAUCUGGUGCAGUGAAGCUUAUGAGAGAAAAAUCCCAGUUUGGGCUGGGCAGGGUGUCGAGUGAUUUUCCUCAGUUUGAGCGCUGCAUGGUCCGCGUUCCCUCUCCGUGAUGGACGGCGGGAUCACGCCAGUCCUUGGUGACGUGAGCGACUUUGAAAUCCCACCUCAUUCUGGUGCCAUUAUGUAAAAACAUCCACCAGGAUUCAUUUCCUGUGACCCCCCCCCCCCCCCCCCCCCACGGUCCCAGAAAGAGACUCACCUUAAAUCACCCAGAUGAGAGCAGGUGAAAAUAACCCCAAAAACAGGGUGUCGCAUUAAACAUUAUUAAAAUUAAAGUAGACCAAGGACACCAUUUAUGCAAUUACUUUUUCAAUGAGGCAUUUAUGGAGAAUAUUUGGAGAAAUCAAGCUUCAAACUAAUAUGAGAAACUCCGUUUCUAAAUAUUGUUUUACUUUUACAGGUUGCCUGUACUCUGUGGUGAAUUCACAUCUCAUUGAUUUUACUCAGUGGGAUAUAAUAUGUAUUGGAAAUCUUCAGUUUAUGAGAGCUUUUAAAAACAUGUAAAUGGUUAGGAAUCUGCCGGUAUUUGAGGUUGAACACGGUCUCCAUUUUGUCUUUUGAUGAAUCAUGUACUGACGGUGAGUUCUUAUUCCGGAAAUUUCCAUUGAUUUACUUAGCAGUCGGCUUUUGUCCAAAAUGACAUGUAUGAUACUGAAUUCUGAAGCUGAAGCUGUCCAUUAACGGAUGUGGAAAAAUGUUACAAAUUUACUAUGAAAUCCAACUAAACGGACAAAGAGUAAAUGUACUUUCCACAUAGUGCAUCUUCCUUACAGAUCAUACAAUCACAAAUGAGUUUGAGAGUUUGAGUCAUCAGAAAUGAUAAGGCAGAGAUAUUAGGCUAUGCACAUUAAUCCUGACACCAAACCAGUUUGGGGAAAGAAACCUUUUUGUGUACAAGAUGAAUGUAAAGUUCUACAGAAAACAUCUGAUUAUGGUGGCGGGUUCAUGAUUAUUGCUGGUGUCUGUCCUGUAACUGUUGUUUUUUUCAUAUUUUUUUUGUCUGCCUUUCUUGUCUGCUAAAAAAAGGUAUAAAGACCAGAUUAUAUAUUACAGUAUUGUUUAUGUAUUUAAAUCUGUACAUGUGUUUCUGAAAAUGCGCAAACAAUUGGCCACAUUUUGACAGGCUGUUAUGGACACUUUCUUGGCCAGUAUCAUUCAGUGGGAACGACACUGUGAACCAGUUUAUUUAGGAGCUGCACUGGGAUUUCUUGAUCCAGUGUGACUGACCCAUCUUUGGACGGCGGCACUGAACAAUUUUAUUCAAUUUAAAAAAAUAAUAAAAAAUCAUCAUUACAUACAGUAAUCCACUAUUUAUGAUUAUUUUCACUCAACAAGGAACACAGAGUGUAGCUUGAGUGUAACACUGGACUCACAAUAUCCAGGCUUAAAUCAGUGGAUUAUACUCUCGUCCAAUCAGAAAAAAACACUCGUCACAAAAACUGGUUUCACAGUAAUAGUACCCACUAUUCCAUUUUCCACCAUGGAAUCUAUUUAAUUUUUUAAUUUAAUUUAUCUUGAAAACAAGCUGUAUGUGGUCUCAGUCACUAGUUCUGACAGCGGGAGCAGCCACAUGGUUAUGGGUUUGUAAACAAGCAAACUGUUACCCAGCACAUGCCUGCCAGCCUGGUUUUAAAUGGGUGAUUCAUGGAGGAGGUAGGAAGUGGGCACCUGUGCCCCAAAAAACUGCUUGGCACCAACUACUUCAGAUUUAUAUCCCUCAUUUCUUAGCUCCUUUAGCUCUACUGUAAAAAGACCAUUACAGACCAAUGCAAUGUAAACUAGUACACCUGCUGUGUAAAUCACAGGGUGCAUUCUGCAUGCCGAAAACAGUUAUUAAUCAGAUAAUAACUUGCCUGUGAUUUACAAGAUUCUUUCUGAAAGACUACUUUCAUUAUAAAAAUAUAUAUAUAUAUAUAUUUUUGGUAGGAAUCCAGGAAUGCAGAAUAUUCACAAAUCUGCCGGAAAGAGCUUUAAUAAUGCAGAUCAAAAGUGGAAGCAGUAAAAGCUAAACUCAGUCUUAGAGGUCAUUCCGCGCACAUUUUACAACACGGUUAAGAGCUUUGAUACAGGUAUUUUGACAACUGUAUAAUACAGAAAGGAGGCUAUUGUUACAAUGUCCUACUUUUCACCUUGUUUUAAUGUCACCAAAGCAUGUCCAGUGAACUCAUACCCACAUGUCUCCUCUCGGAUGGGAUGUGAAGCGAGUCACACCCUUACUUACAGUCACGAUGAGGUGUGAAAUUGUAUGGAACCCAGUACUAUAUGGAGUGGUUUUAAACAAAACUCUCGCCUUUGUCAAAUUCUUGGGACUGUACCAUUCUUAAUGUUCUCUUUUGACUGAAAUGAAGGACACUGUUCUCUUACAGGUGUAAUUCGUCUCAAGAUAUGUAAUGAACAAAAACUGACACAUUAAAAAAAGCUGUAUAUUCUGAUGUUUCCCAGUUUGAAAGUUAUGUUGAAUGUGUUGUUGAAUAAACCAGCAAACGUUUAUGUGUA